UGAAAACAUGAUGAAGCAUGACACGGGGCUAGCGUCGACGUCGGACGAACGUCCGGCGCACACGUCCCAUGUUGAAUAAUUCUUACUGGCUUAUUUUCAAACUGCAUCGAUUGUGUGCCCGCAUACUUGUAGCAUCGACAUAUUUCGACGUCCAGUGAUUAAUGUAUUUUCUAUUAUGGCAAUUGUACGCAGUGCGCAUGCGACGAAUAGUAUUAUUAGAGGGAAGCUAAACGAGAUCACACGGGUUCGUCGGUUAGUUUCAGUCUCACCUAGUUAAGUGUCCGCUGUGCUUUCAAUAAAAACUAUGUGUGCUCCGCGCUGAAGUGCCUGCGUCCGAUACAUGUGCUUUAAUUAACGAACAUUAAGUGAAUGUUAUACGUUCUUAAAUUGUGUACAGGGUCAAGCGAAAAUGACCGCCAAUAACUGUGAUGUUGAUAAAAACGAGAACAUCAGAACAACUAAUGUGACCACGCUAGACCUAGGAUCCGCCAAAACUACACUCCCCGACAAAAAUGAAAAGAAAAUAUUCUUAGGAAAGCUGUUGCUGACUCUACCCACUGUUUCCGAAUUAAGACAAUACGUCGGCGUUUUUCUUUGUGGUUUAACACUCUGGGGUUCAUCGUGGUUCAUAUUCAAGGAUGCGGUGACCCCAGACGGUUACCUCUUCAACAUGUGCGGCGUGGUGAUAGCGGGCUAUAUAUUCGGUCACACCCUAGAACGAUACACCACAAUCAACCCUGUUGUCGGCAUGACCUUAACAGGGGCAUUGUACAGAAACUUUGGGCCACCAAACUUUUUGGAACACCCUGUUGCCGAUGUUCUUGAUUAUCAUUUAAGGAGAGUUUACCCAGUAAUCAUUUUGACGAAGGGCCCAUUAACUUGGAACUGGGAAUAUAUAAAACACAAUUCAGUAAAAGUCUUCUCCCUGGCAACGCUGCCGUGGAUCGUCGAGUGUUUAUCCACAGCUUUCUUUGCUCACAUACUACUCGAGUUUCCCUGGUACUGGGGUCUACACCUGGGCUCUAUUCUAGCUUCUGUGUCGCCAGCUGUUGUGGUACCCACGGUCACGGGAUUCGACGCAAGAGGUUUAGGAACAAAAAAUCAAAUAGCAUUAUUAGUAGCGAAUUCUGGUGGUUUGGAUACCGCCUUCACAGAAGGAAUGUGUGGAGUCAUUAACAGUGCCAUAUUUUACCCAGCGACACUUGUAUAUAGGAUAAUAAAGGGUUUGCUGGCUAUAUUCGUCGGGAUCGCCCUUGGAAUAUUGUGGGGUGUGUUAUCAGACAGUCUGCCGGAUCACAGCGACAUAUACGCGCCCACUAUACGGAGCUUGCUUAUUUUCGCUGGUGGUCUAUUGUUGACGUACGCCGGUGGAUAUCUCGGCUGGGGCGGCACUUCCGGUGUCGCCAUCAUGGUGUGCGCGGGCACGGCGGCCACGCGGUGGGCGCGCCGCGACUGGCCGCUCGCCGACAACCCCGUGUGGGAGGUCUACAAGUUGCUCUGGAGGAUCUUCGAGCCCAUGUUAUUCACCCUCAGCGGGUAUUUCCUGAAUAUCUCGCAACUAAGUGUGAAGGAGCUGUGCUUGAUCCUGGGCUGCAUUUCCGCGGCGCUAGUGCUGCGGCUCCUGACAGCCUUCCUAGUCGCACUCGCUAACGAGCUGUCGAUCAAGGAAAGUCUUUUUGUUGCCGUCACUUGGAUACCUAAAGCUAUUGUCGAGACGGUUCUGGUGAGGGUGGCGAUGGACUCUCUGUGGGAGGACGCGAGCGCGACGGACAAGCGGAUAGCAGCACAGCACGCCAACAUUAUCGUUAUCGCUGUCCUGAUAACGUCUACAUUGGGCUCCGUGCUGACGACGGUGCUCGGCCCUGUCUUACUGUCACAAGACUCUAGGGUCGCUCCAGAAGAUUUUUAUCGAACCCAAACGCUGUCUCCGCCCCAGUCAUCGAACCUCGUGCGAAGAACCAAUACUCCCAACAAUCUGCAGUGUAUAGAUGGCUAAUAAAUAUAUGAUUUUGUACUAAUAACUUGUAUUUAUUU